AUGAGGACGCUCCUUCUGCUGUGCGGAGCUGCCGCCGUCCUGGAGGGAGGCCGGGUGACUUCGGGGCAAGAUGCCACAGGAGAAAGAAUACAAGUUCAGAUCAUCUACUUCAAUUUAGAAGUCGUGCAAAUCACUUGGAACGCCAGCGAAUACUCUGGGACCAGCUUGACGUUCUGUUACAGAUUCCACUCCGAUGAGGCCUAUCACCAGUGCCCCAAGUACAUCGUCCACCAGGGUCACACUUCGGGGUGCCUCCUACACGCACAGCAGAAAGACGACAUUCUCAGUUUCUCCAUCCGGAACGGGACGCACCCCGUUUUCAGCGCCAGUCGCUGGAUCUAUGAGUACCUGAAACCCGGCUCCCCGAAGGCCGUGAGCUUCGAGUGGCGUCGCGACGCAGUCACAGUGACGUGUCCUGACCUGAUGUACAAGUAUCUCGUCUACGAGGUCCAGCACCAGAGCAGAUUCGACUCCAAGUGGCAGUCCAAAGAAAGAGACACCUGCAAUGUCACCAUAGAAGGCUUGGACGCCGAGAACUGCUACUCUCUGCGGGUGAGGGUGAAGGCCUCAGAUGCCGCCUACGGGUCAGACACGUACCCCAGCGACUGGUCGGAGGUGACGCACUGGCAAAGAGGAGAGCGUACCGAUUCAUGCUCAGACACGCCAAAGCCCCCCAAGGCAAAGCCACCCCAGAUGAGUUUAAUUUCCAGCGUGGCUCUCCUGGCGACGCUGCCUCUUCUCGUCCUGUCUUUAUGGAGAUUACAGAGACUGAAGAAAUGUCUCAUGCCCAGCGUGCCAGACCCGAAAUCCACCUUCCCUGGGCUCUUUGAGAAGCAUGAAGGCAACUUUCAGGAAUGGAUCAGAGACACCCAGCACUUGGCCCCCUUGACCAGCCUGGCGGGCGGGGAGCCCGACGCCGGCCUUGAGGAGCCCCUGCUGCUGCAGCUGACCAGCACCGAGCCCGACCCACGCAGGACCAGCGGGGCACAGACCGGGGAGACUGAGGCCCCUGGGACACCCCCGCAGGUUCCCCAGCAGCCCCUCCGAGGCGCUGCUGUGGUCGCUCUUGCCGGCUUUACCUUCGUGAUGAAAGACAGCUCCUACGUGGCGUUAUGACGGACACACGGCUCUCAAACCCAACGGCCAGGCUGUACGGGGACGCUUGAAGUCGGUGGGACCUGCCUGGGAGAACCCCCAUCAUCACGGAGGGGAAUUGCCCACAU